AUGGAGCCGUCAAAUGCAAUGGCAGUGUGGACGCAGGAUCACGUGCCACUCACUUCAAAACUUGAACCGAUCACAUCGAAGCUCGACGUAGCUUCAGCAGAAAAGGAUCCGGGCUGCAGUUGGCCAUCAAAGAAAACCGAUUAUCGGCGCUCAGAGAUGGUUGGAGUGUUGCGAGGCAAUAGCGAGCUUGCUAGGGUCCAGCAGAUGCAAGAGCCAAAAGCUGGAGGGGUGCCCCGAUCUGUGUUGCAACGAUUGCUUUCAAUACCGUCUGCACCUGGCUCACCAAUCCAUAGCCCCCGUCAUCGGUGCUCCGCUGCUUCGGCUGCUAUAAUGCACAGCCCGAGAGCAUUCGCCAACAGUGACAACAGCCCGUUUGAAAAGCGAGAGUCCACCGUCGAACCAGCUCCCUAUCACUGGUGCUCUCAAAUGUUGCCGGCCAUGGAAUGUGGUAGUUACGAAAGCAGUAGCAACUGCAGCAGUCAAUCGAGUAGUUCAAUUCCAAUCGACCAUUAUUCAGAUCGUUUGAUUCCAUCGGACGAUGAAGAAGAUGAGAAUAUCAAUGAAGUCGUUAUGCUGCGCCAAUUGGUAGCGCUGCUUGUCAAGAGUCUCGAGCAUGAGAAAAAGCGUCGUGCGUCAGAACAGCACCUCAUGCAGAAGAAAAUCAUUGAGCUACAGAGCCUCAUCCGUGAAUAUGGGCACGAGAAUGGCGAAAUGGGUUCGGUGAGAAAGGCAUCGUCAGAUCAAAAUGGUCUUCUUUCGACACGAGAAAAUGAACCGCUAGAGAACAAUCAAACCAGGCGAUGGUCAGCUCCGGUGUAUGAUGACGAAAGGGGAGAGUUAUCGUCUAGCGGUUUUCUGCAGAAACAAAAGGAUGCUAUUGAAGAAGCAGCGGCUCAACCAAAACUCACCCGUCUCCGUGCUCAACUGCAUGCUACCGUAUUUGACAGCCAAAGCGAGACUCAAACACUACGAGCCCAAUUGGAAAGCGCGAAGCGAAGCCAGAACAAGAGGGAGAAGGAACUUACGCUCGAGACUGCGGUCAAAGUCACAGCACUUGAGCAAAAGCACGCUGCAGCCACGACUCAACUUGCGCAGCAAGCUGCAAACAGUGCCGCACAGGUGGGACAGCUGGAGGCCGAAAACCUGGAACUCGUAGCAUGUGUGCAAGUGCAACAAGAGCAUCUCAAGCAACUGGGGAGUGCCCUUGGGGGAAAGCAGAUCGUGGAUGACUUUCGGUGA